GUUGUGUGUGUGUCCACAAGUUAGAAGGGCUGAGGGAACUGUGUGUGGUUUAAGUCAAACUCAGGAGACACGUUGUAGACAUGGCUGCUGCCCACCGUUUGGUUAUUGUCCGCCACGGCGAGAGCGCCUGGAACCAAGAGAACCGCUUCUGCGGCUGGUUCGACGCUGACCUCAGUGAGAAGGGGAUGGAGGAGGCCAAGCGUGGAGCCCUGGCUAUCAAGGAUGCGGGCCUCAAGUUUGAUGUGUGCUACACCUCCGUGCUGAAACGUGCCGUCAAGACCCUGUGGACCAUCAUGGAGGGCACAGACCAGAUGUGGCUGCCCGUGAUUCGUACCUGGCGCCUGAACGAGCGUCACUACGGAGGCCUCACUGGCCUCAACAAGGCCGAGACGGCGGAAAAGCACGGCGAGGAGCAGGUGAAGAUCUGGCGCCGCUCCUUUGACACCCCACCUCCGCCCAUGGAAAAGGAUCACGCUUACAACAAAGUCAUCAGUGAGUCCCGGCGCUACAAGAAUCUGAAGCCCGGUGAGCUCCCCACGUGUGAGUCACUGAAGGACACUAUCGCCCGCGCCCUGCCUUUCUGGAAUGACGUCAUCGCGCCAGAAAUCAAGUUGGGGAAGAACGUUAUUAUCGCUGCACACGGCAACAGCCUCCGUGGCAUCGUCAAGCACCUGGAGGGUAUGUCCGACGCGGCCAUCAUGGAGCUGAACCUGCCAACAGGAAUCCCAAUUGUGUACGAGCUGGAUGCAAACCUGAAGCCUAUAAAGCCCAUGGCUUUCCUUGGUGAUGAGGAAACCGUAAAGAAGGCCAUGGAGGCCGUGGCCGCCCAGGGCAAAGCCAAGAAGUGAGCCUGCGCUGGAGGCUCUGUGAGGAGGCAGAAAAAGAGACUGUUCCCCCUUCGUGCUUCAGCCCUUUGCGACCGUGCAUUUGUCUAUCGUUGUAGUCCAUUCCAACUGGGGAAACGUUUGAAGGUUCUUUUAGAGACGGGCCAUUUUCAGCACAUUAGCCCCGUUUGUUUAAAUGACAGACAGAAAGAUGACCUGUCAAUCAAAGCAGACAGCCCCGGCCCCACAUUUUAUGCAGCCACACAUCACUCGGCCCUUUUAAAUUGUGGUCAAGGCCUAUGUUAAGACCUCACCACUCUGGCACAAACAAUAAAGAAGCCAUAUUUUUA